CCCCAUGAUCUAUUAUAUAACUCAUUCGCAGGAAAUUGCCAGUACUACUUCUGCUAGAUUGGCAGGUGAGAGAUGCGACAAGCAGCUGUUCUAGUGAUGGGACUACAAUAUUCAAUCGACUCAUAUACCUGCUCUCACUCGAACCUUCUCAACGCGUUCGCCGGUUCCGCACGAUGACGAUGGUGACUCGGUGAUAUCCACAAAAAUCAAAUCUACCGAUUUUCCGAUCAUCAAGAUCUUUCUUAUCCAUGACUACUACCACUAAAUCGAUUCUUGUCCUCCAUGGUUAUGCUCAGAAUGCCCAUAUCUUGAGCAAGCGCCUCGGAGCCUUGCGGAAACAAUGCGGAAAGGACGUUGACAUGGUUUUCAUCGACGCACCUCAUGUCCUCCAAGCGGAAGAUCUGUUCGGUGGUGCUUCAGAAUCAAAUGAAAAUGUUUCCGAAGCUUCCACCAAUGAAGACCCAACACUUACUCCUCGAGGAUGGUUCAGAGCUUUCGCCGACAAGACCCGAGCCGUUGGUUUAGACGACUCACUUAUUCUGAUUCGGGAUGUCCUCAAAGAACGCACAUACGACGGCGUGUUUGGCUUUAGUCAGGGAGCGGCCGUUGCAGCUUUGCUAUGCGCUCUGUUAGAAAAUCCAGAAAGCUAUCCGCCGUUCCUCAUAGAUGGUAAAUCGCCGCAUCCACCUUUAAAAUUCUGUGUCGCAGUCGCAGGGCUGAGGAUUAUGGAUCCCCUGGCAGACGUUCUAUUUAACCCGGCCUAUUCCACGCCCACGCUUCACAUAAUAGGCAAAAACGAUGUGAUAGUCACCGCAAAUCGUACCCAAGAACUUAUCGACGUCUCAAGCAAUAAACGAAUUGAGGAACACGACGGAGGCCAUUUUGUUCCUUCUAAAACUCCGUGGAGGAAAUUCCUCGCUGCAUACAUACGAGAUCCGUCCGCUGAUAUACCAUCUCCCGUUCUGUCCGAGUUGAAGCCGACUUCCGGAACGGCUACGCCUGUAGCGAAAGCACGGCCAUAGUGCUACGAUAAAGUUUAUAGAUUAACCAAGCAGUGACCGUCAAGGUCACUGAUUGUAAUGUUCGAAAUGGCACAAGGUUCAUGACUUGUAGAUGUUUGCAGCGGGCUCUUUGUUCCACUUGUGGCCGUCAAUAACUUACAAAAAUUCAUGUGCUCUCAUCCUUCCAAAUAACUAGCUGCCUGUCAUCAAUCACAAGUCUAUAGAUAUCAUACUAUACAAUGCUCAUAUGAAAUGGGUAUCAGUUCAUAGAGCUACUGCUGGCCAUGUUCUACAAUGGUAGCACUGUUUCGUUCAGAGUGAGAUGAAUACAUGUCGAUACUGGUGGAAAAAAAUGAAAAAGAGACUUAA